GUUGGCAGCGUAAACAAAACUUCGAUGACAACAGUCGUCAUUUUGCUUUCUGAGGGAGGAAAUGCGAUGCCUUUUCCACCCAAAUAAUUCCAUUUUACCCCAAGUUUUUCCCAAUAAAAGUUACUCUGGGUGCUAGAGAACUGUUCAGUGUACUGUUUUCCAGUGAAAAUCAGUGAAUUUUGUGCCUUUUUCCCAGUGAAAAAAGUGAUCGAAAAUGAAAGUCACAGGUGCUUUAGAUUAAUGUGCAGCCGAUGUUAAAGGAGAAUCUUCUUGAAUAUUUCAAUGAUAAACACACGAAUGGAUCUCUGAAUCCUGCUUGAAUGAAUGUAGGUCCAACGGACAAAAAGAUAUAUUUAUAUUUUUUAAAAAGUGCCUUUUGAAAAGGAAGUGUUUUGUUGUGUGAAAAGAAAAAUUCACUCUCGAUUGAGUCACGCAUAAAAUGUUUCUGUGUGGCAUUUUGUGCAUCGCAGGUUGAGUGCAAUUGGACAGAUAAAAUUUUUGUGUGGAAGACGAAGAGUGAAGAAGAGGAAUUCCUGAUGGCGGCGGAAAGUGAUGAAAUUGUGAGUGUUGUGGGGAAUGCGGCUGGGAAUCAAAUGAAUGGCAAUGGGAGUGCAUCAGCAGGCAAUCAUCCUGCCAAUGGGGCCAGUGAAAAUGUCCCAAAUUCCACACAGAAGGACACCAGUUCAAAUGGUGAUGCAACUGUGGAUCAUCAGGAUACUGGAUCAUGUGACCCGAGAAAUCCACAGGAAGUCAACCGGAAUGUCAAUGGAAAUAAAUUCAGAGGGAAUGCACCAAAUUACUACAAUGACGUGUUAGAUCAUCGAUCCAAUAUUUUGGGUGACGAUGAAGAUGAUGGUCUUGGCCCAUUGCCCUACAAAUGGGAGAAAGCCUACACAGAGAGUGGAGAAGUUUACUUCAUUGAUCACAACACAGGUACGUCUCACUGGUUGGAUCCGCGUCUGUCGAAGUUCCAGAAGAAAUCCCUGGAGGAUUGUUUGGACGAUGAAUUGCCGUAUGGAUGGGAAAAAAUCCAUGAUCCGCAGUAUGGAACGUAUUUUAUUGAUCAUGUCAAUCGUCGGACUCAGUAUGAGAAUCCGGUGUUAGAGGCCAAGAGACGCCUCGAGAGGAGUCGUCCUUCGGGCAGCAAAGAUCCCAUUUUUACGCGAAAUCCUCUUGAAUUGCGCGGAGAACGAAUAACCACGACUCUGCUGAAAUCUUCUCGUGGAUUGGGAUUCACAAUUGUCGGUGGGGAUGACAAUGUGGAUGAGUUUCUGCAGAUAAAGUCAAUAGUGCCGAAUGGACCGGCAUGGUUGGAUGGAAAGUUGCAAAUGGGAGAUGUUUUGGUGUAUGUAAAUGAUAUUUGUGUGUUGGGAUUCACCCAUCAUGACAUGGUGAAUGUCUUUCAAUCAAUUUUGCCGGGAGAAACGGUGCCACUUGAGGUUUGUCGGGGAUAUCCUUUGCCAUUUGAUCCCAAUGAUCCCAAUACCGAAGUGGUGACCACAAUUGCUGUCGAUGGGAUCAAUAGUGAUCCGGAAAAGGCGAGAAUUCUCAUGGAUCUCAAUAUGGAUGGGAAUUACAAUUUCCUGGAUAUGUCAGAUCCUGUGAGUCCGGGUGCCAUGGGUGGGAGUGCCAAGAGUCCCCUGGCACGGUUGCAGGGUGAGGAAUUUUUUCCAGUGGAGGGAAAGGUGGAUCCAGAGGUGCAUAGUAUCAGCAUUGUGAAGGGUGCCAUGGGAUUUGGGUUUACAAUAGCUGACAGUGCCUAUGGGCAGAAGGUGAAGAAGAUUCUGGAUAGGCAGUGUUGCAAGAAUCUCCAGGAAGGUGACAUUCUGUUGGCCAUCAAUUCGAUUGGGGUCAAGCAGAUGUCUCAUGGGGAAGUUGUGCAAGUUCUCAAAGAUUGUCCCAAGAGUCAGGAGGCAGUUCUCAAAGUUCAGCGUGGACAAUUUUUACCACCUGGUAGUGGGAAUUCCAAUAAAAAUGCUGCGUCCCUGGGAGAGAGGAAAACUCUGCGAAAGAAUCCUGAUGGAUUGUUCAGGUACGGGAAGGAUGGAGGAUUGUACAGGAGCAAAACACCAACAGCUGAUCUGUAUAGUACUCAACAGAAGGAAAUUUUGCCAACAAGACCAAAAACUCCCCUCGUGGAUACAAGAGCCCGGGCCAAGACACCCUCCAAUGAGCUCAAUACAAAUGACAAUGAAGCUUCCGGAGGGGUUGAAAAGGUGACGGAAAAAGAGGGAAUUCCUGCAGAUUCCAAGUCAAAUACCAGUUUUGCCGAUCAUGAUUCCAUAAAUAAUGAUAUUCCCUACAUUGAUCCCUUUCCCAAGAUGGUUAUGGCCCUGACAGAUCGCCUAUCAGAAGCCAAUAUAAAUCCCAAUCAUGACAAAUAUCAUCAAGAUAGGCUACAUUCAGCCAGUAAGACUUUUGCCUCAAGUCAAUCCGAUCUCAAUAAUUACGAUCAUAUUAAUACGGAUUUCUAUGUCAAUGCACCAGUGUCGAAUUUUGGUAGUGUUGCUCCACCACCAAUGCCCCUAAUGGCAGCUCCAAUACCCACCUACCAUCAGGACACCUGCUACUGCUUCGAGUGCCAGGACUUCAAUAGGCAACAAAUGGAGUACAUGCAGCAGCAACAGAGGAAUAUGUACAACUGGCAGCAGGUCAAUGGACGAGCCAGCAGGAAAGUCAGUGAAUAUCUUUUGGAUAGGAGACGGGCAGGAUUCAGUCCGCUGGAAAGUCAUUCCAGUGCACAUCAGCCGCCCAUGUGGAAGUACGGACAGCCAUCACCAGGCGAAGGGGGAUUCCUUCAAGCACCUUCUGUACAGGAUGAAUAUGCACUUUCCGAGGUGACAUUGGAACGCCAAACUCUGGGAUUUGGCUUUAGGAUUGUCGGUGGAACUGAGGAAGGUUCCCAAGUGACUGUUGGUCAUAUUGUUCCGGGUGGUUCUGCCGAUCAUGAUCCUCGAAUUUCGACAGGAGAUGAAAUUCUCAGUAUUGAUGGGGUGAAUGUGGUUAAUGCUUCUCACCAUCGAGUAGUGCAAUUGAUGGGCGAAGCUGCCCUUCGGGGACAAGUGACAAUGAUUUUGAGGAGAAAGACUCCACUGAAACACAAAAUCUAUCCCUAUGAUGUCAUUGUGAGUCGCAAUGAAAAUGAGGGAUUUGGUUUUGUUAUCAUUUCAUCCACCAGUCAGUACUAUGGAUCAACAAUUGGAAAACUUAUUCCGGGAAGUCCAGCAGAUCGAUGCGCAGAGUUGAAAGUUGGUGAUCGUAUUGUGGCAGUGAAUCGGAUUGAUAUUGCUGGGAUGAGUCAUGGGGAUGUGGUGAAUCUCAUCAAGGAAUCAGGAUUGCAUGUUCGACUGACAAUUGGCAGUCCGCAAGUCUUGCCGAAUCAACAAAUGAAGGCACCAGUGAAGAAUGAUGGUUUCUUUAUUGAUUCUCGCUUCACUGGUGUCUCAAAUCAUCCCCAAUUAUGACUCUGAAAGUGGCACAGGAGACGUUUUGGGUCUCUCUGUCCACACUGCAUUGUCUGAAUGAAAAAAAAGAAGGUCCUGGUAAUGGGCCAAAUGAUUCUCAGCAAAUAAGAAAGAAAGUGUCGUAAGUAGUUUAUUCUAGAUUUUUUUCCACAAAUUUCUUUUUUACAGAGAAAAAUAUAUCACAAAUUAGUAAGAAAAAAAAGAAUCACCAAUAAAUCUCAAAGAGAUCUCCAAUAGUAUUCACAAUAUUGAGAGAAUUUCGUAGUGUACUUAAAGCAAGUAUUUUGUGAAAUGUUUGUACAAAAGAAAAAAUCAAGAAAACAAAUAACAGUUAAAUAGUUAAAAAGGUAUUAUCGCAAAGUUAAAUGUUAUAAUCUCUCACAAAAUGAUCUUUUUUUAGAAUUAUUCUUCAGAAAAAAUGCAAUAAGACUGACUGAGAUAGUGGAUUGCAUGAAAAAAUUUAUUUCGUAUACUUAAACGUUUUUUAUUUUUGCAUGUUGUACAAUUUACAAAAACAAAAAGAUAUAUAAAAGAGCCUUAAAGUUUUUUGCAAGAAUUCAGAGGGUCAGAAUCGAAGAAAAAAAAUUUACAGUAUAUCUAUAAUUUUUAAGAUAAUAUACAAAUUGUUAAAAGAUUUUUUAAAUAAAUAAAAUGUAUUACAAGAUCAA